UUACUGAAUUGGUUGAUAACGGAUCCCAUAACUCCAAAAGAUGAAAGUUUACCAGUUGCUAGGAACUAUCAAGGUUGGAAUUAUGGAAACUUGGUGUUUCUGGCCGGUGGACGGUUUAGAUAUGUGAAAUCAAGGCCUAUUUCUUUUGCAACUGGAUUUUUAGUGGUAUUACCUGGUAUAUUGUUUUGCAUUUUUGAUGCCUCUUGGUGUUGGCAUAAUAUUUCCCCUGCUGUUGUUAUAACGUUCCUAUACACAUGGCUUAUUUGCAUUUCAUCAUUCAUAAAAGCAGCUACAUCAGAUCCAGGUAUCAUACCCAGAAACAUACAUAUAACAGAUGAGCCAUAUAAUUUACCUGAUGAGUAUUUCAAUACAAUAACACUCCCGUCAUACAAGGAAAAAAGUAUUGAAGUGAAAUAUUGCCUGACGUGUCGAGAUUGGAGAAUGCCUAGGACAUUUCAUUGCUCUAGAUGUGAUCAAUGUAUAAGUAUCCAUGAUCACCAUUGCAUAUGGAUAAAUAAUUGUGUUGGUGAAAGAAAUUAUAGAUAUUUUUUUGCAUUUUUGUUAUUUGGGUGCAUUUGUUCAGUUUAUUUAUCAGUUUUAGCAUAUUACCAUAUUUUCAUAUACCAAAAAACCCAUUCAUUAAGUUUUAAACAAACAUUAGAUCAUGUUCCAAUGAGUUUUUUCAAUGCAAUCUAUGGAAAUUUGAUCCUUCUCUAUCCUUUAUUGUUGUUAUUAUAUCAUAUGUUCUUGGUUUCUACUCAACAAACUACAAGAGAAUAUUUAAGAUCAUUGAAAACAAAAAACAACAGGAAUCCAUAUUCAUUGGGUAAUAUAGUGCAGAAUAUAAUAACGUCAUUAUGCAAGCCUAGAGGGUACAGUUUCAUUAGUACACGGGCCAGUUUUGAGCCUGGUGAUAGAAGAUUUGUUAGAUACCCAGCAGCAACUCAAUUU